GAACUCUGUUUGUUUGUUUGUUUGUUUGUUUGUUUUUUUAUCAGAUCAUUUAAAGAAGUUAUUUACUACAAGUAAAAAAUCUCUUCUCCUCACUCUCCCUCCGCCAAAGACACUUUCUUAAAGUAAAACCCGAGCCCAAUUCACUCAAGGCAAAUAAAAAAACGAAAACAAAAACAAAAUUCUGCUGUGCUGAACCUGCAGUGCUCGCUUUGCCUGUUACCUCAGAGUAAUACGGUAACAGCAGGAGAUUACGGUACUAGCUGGGGCUACUGGCUGUGUUACGUCAGCGAGAGCUGCAAAGUUCCUUGCGAUUCUUUGCUGAUGUCGGUGUGCUGAAUAUUAAAAGGGUGAAGGUGGAGUUAUUGCCUGGCUGUAUUUUUUCUCUCUUUUUUUCUUUUUCUUUUUAAAAUCUCCAGGUAAAGCAUCUGCGAGCCAGGAGCGUAAAGACGUCUGUGGUAGAGGGGUGAGUCAGCUGGUGCAAAAGGACUAGGAAUCGCUUCGUCGGAGAGACAGUCCCCUCUUCUCCCAGGGAGGAGGCGACGGAGCCGCUCCUGGGACCGAAAGCCGGUCCACUCACGCCGGCGCGCGGGCGGGUGGCUCUGCAUUCGCGCUCCAGGUGAGUGCGCUGCAGCUCCGGGCGCCAGCAUUCCAGCGGGGACCGGAGGGUGAGGGCAAACGUCCCCGGGCCUCCGGGAGGACGCUGGCAAACAACUGCUCCGCAGCCGCCUCGGUCUUGGCAAAUAUUUCACAUCCAUGUCCCCGACCUCUGCGCCUAGAAGAUGGGUCAAGCAUGAGUCCAGCCACACCGUGGGCAACUACUGGCGGUGUGAAGUGCCCAGAUGCCUUUAGUCCCCAGCUUUGAGAGUCGACGGCAGACCAGUGCUUGCUUGUGGUUUGGGGGGGAAUUCCAAAUUAUGUGCAGAAUGCUCAAUCUUCUGACCCGGAUGGAUCAGACAGUGCAGAAAAGGAGACUCCCGUAAUCCUGGGAUUGCAUUUUGCAACGCAUCUCCUCAAGCUUCGCUCUAAAUCUUGCGAAGGGAGGGAGUUGGGGCCCUGGGCCAGCGCAGCAGGUGGAGAGGGUCAGCAGGCAGCCCCGCGCGCCCCUGGCCAUGUUGUCUUUAAUGCCCUGCCCCUUUAUGUGGCCUUCUGAGGAUUUCCAGGGCUGCCCGGGGGUGCUUCCCACCCGCACGCUCUCUCUUACCCCCAGACAACCGCGGCAGGCAAGACUCCCCCGAGCCGUGACCUUUUGACUCCCCACUCCCCCCACUCCCGCGUCCGCCUUCGCGCCUCCCGGGAGUGGCCCUCAAGAGCGGCACCUCGCCCUGCUCCGGCUGGGACCAUGGUGUUUCUUUCUGGAAAUGCCUCAGACAGCUCCAACUGCACCCACCCGCCGCCACCGGUGAAUAUUUCCAAGGCCAUUCUGCUUGGGGUGAUCUUGGGGGGGCUCAUCAUUUUCGGGGUACUGGGGAACAUCCUUGUGAUCCUUUCCGUGGCCUGCCACCGGCAUCUUCACUCGGUCACUCACUACUACAUCGUCAACCUGGCGGUGGCCGACCUUCUGCUCACUUCUACGGUGCUGCCCUUCUCCGCUAUCUUCGAGAUCCUGGGCUACUGGGCCUUUGGCAGGGUCUUCUGCAACAUCUGGGCGGCGGUGGACGUCUUGUGCUGCACUGCAUCCAUCAUGGGACUCUGCAUCAUCUCCAUCGACCGCUACAUCGGCGUGAGCUACCCGCUGCGCUACCCCACCAUCGUCACCCAGAAACGGGGCCUGAUGGCUCUGCUCUGCGUGUGGGCGCUCUCCCUGGUCAUCUCCAUAGGGCCUCUGUUCGGCUGGAGGCAGCCGGCACCUGAGGACGAGACCAUCUGCCAGAUCAAUGAGGAACCGGGCUACGUGCUCUUCUCCGCGCUGGGCUCCUUCUACGUGCCGCUGACCAUCAUCCUGGUUAUGUACUGCCGGGUCUACGUGGUGGCCAAGAGGGAGAGCCGGGGCCUCAAAUCGGGUCUCAAGACCGACAAGUCGGACUCAGAGCAGGUGACACUCCGCAUCCAUCGGAAAAACGCCCCGGUCGGAGGCAGCGGGGUGACCAGCGCCAAGAACAAGACGCACUUCUCCGUGAGACUCCUCAAGUUUUCCCGAGAGAAGAAAGCGGCCAAGACACUGGGCAUAGUGGUCGGCUGCUUCGUCCUCUGCUGGCUGCCUUUUUUCUUAGUGAUGCCCAUUGGGUCUUUCUUUCCUGAUUUCAGGCCCUCAGAAACAGUUUUUAAAAUAGCAUUUUGGCUCGGAUACCUAAACAGCUGCAUCAACCCCAUUAUAUACCCGUGCUCCAGUCAAGAGUUUAAAAAGGCCUUUCAGAAUGUCUUGAGAAUCCAGUGUCUCCGCCGAAAACAGUCUUCCAGACACGCCCUGGGCUACACCCUGCACCCCACCAGCCACGCCCUGGAGGAGCAGCACAAGGACUUGGUGCGAAUUCCGGUGGGGUCUGGAGAGACCUUCUAUAAGAUCUCCAAGACCGAUGGAGUCUGUGAAUGGAAAUUUUUCUCCUCCAUGCCCCGGGCCUCUGCCAGGAUUACGGUGCCCAAAGACCCGUCCGCGUGCACCACUGCCCGGGUGAGAAGUAAAAACUUCCUGCAGGUCUGCUGCUGCAUGGGGCCCUCCACCCCCAGCCGUGACGAAAACCAUCCAAUCCCAACCAUUAAGAUCCACACGAUCUCCCUCAGUGAAAAUGGGGAGGAAGUCUAGACACGGGAAAGGUCUGGAGGAAGAGAGGAGGGCGGCGGGAGGGGUGGAGACCUUAGGUACCAACUCCAAUUUCCUAGCAGGAAAUUCACUCUUCCUGGAUGACAAGACAGGACCAUUAAACCAGGGACCAUCUAGGGAUGGGGCUGGGGAGGAGCCCGCUCCGGGGCAGUGGGUAGGGCUUGGGGAAGAGAGAGGAGGCGAUCCCUCAACCAUCCAGUUCCCGCUGAUGAGAAACAUCCUUUCCUUGAGGCUAAUGCUCUCCGUGUCGUCCUCCCAGCCCUCUCUCCUUGUCUGGCCCCGUCAACGAAAAACACCAUGGGAAACAGAAUUUCAUACACAAUCCAAAAGACUAUAAAUAUAGGAUUAUGAUUUCAUCAUGAAUAUUUUGAGCAUGCACUCUAAGUUUGGAGCUAUUUCUUGAUGGAGUGAGGGGAUUUUAUUUCCAGGCUGGACUUACUGACAGCCACGUUGAAUAUGGAUGGGGAGGGGGGCCUGGAGAGGAAGAGGCUUCAGUGGGUGUUUGGUAUCCAGACACGUUCGUUUUAGAGCCGGUUUUAAACCCCACCACUUCUGAUGACAUCCAGGUCCUCAGCUUGGGUGAAACUUGACAGCGAGAUUUACCUCUGGCUGCCAUUUGACCAGAUAUGGCUCCUGACACCCUUAAGGCUGAGGGUGAGGGACACUCAUGAUGUCUCCGAACUACUGGGGCACAUGCUUGGGGCUGGAGAGCUUUGAAAGAACCAGGUGGCGAGAGGAUGGCUUUUCCUAAUGGAAGACAGUAGACAUGAGGGUCCUUUUUUUACCUUGACUACUGUGGACACGAUGCCAUUAAGCAAUUCCAAGUUCAGGUGGGGGAAGGCUUCUCAUGUAACAUAUUUAAAGAUCAGGAGCUUGGGGUGGGGUGGGUGCUAAUUUCACGCGAAAACAGAGAUUACUCCACAGCCUUUUCGAAGUGGCCUCGAAAGGCUCUUUUUGGCAAAUCACUUACUUUUUCCACAACGCCAUUAGGAAAACCCAAAGCUUGUGAUAUUCUGAAAGGCACAUCGAGACCCCCAUUUUUUUCCUCAGCUGCUUCACCGUUGCAUAAUGAAUGAAGUUCAAGGUCCCCAGUGUGCGCGGAACACGUUGGAAUGAACCUGAUGAUCCAGGCGUAUCUUUCCUGAACUUUGAAAGGUACCCAUGUUUAUCUUGGGAGGAUACUUUCUGGUCACCAAAAAACCCAUCAAAAACCGAAGUGUGCAAACAGUUUUUGACAGAAGCCUGUUUAUUCUGAUAAAAGAUCCCAUGGCCCAUCCACUGCACUGAAUUCCACUUUUUACAGGAAUCCUGGGGAAUACACUCUUUUUUUGCUUUAAGUCGACCAAAUUUUGGUAAACCUUAAUAAUUCAGUAUAUUACUAAGAUACAGAUGGUGACUCUAUGUCAAAAUUAAUAUAUUUUCACAUUCCUCAAGAAUUUAAAAUUACGAUUUAGGUUUUUUUGAAAUACUUCUUGACUAGAAUCGCUGUUCUUAAAACUACUGACCAUUUCUGUGGCCCUCUUUUCCCUCUCAGAAUUUUAAAGCAGAUUGUAGCCAAUAUUUAACCCUCACCACAAGGUAAUGCCUCCCUUCAUCUUUUCCUUCUUUGCUUGCAACACAAUAAUCAUUUCCUGAAAUCCUUCUAAAAAGCUCAUUUCUUUGCACACUGCCACGGAAGGUAUGUUUGCAUAUGGCUUUGAGUUUGGUUGUGGGUUGCAUUUUGACAUCGAAUAUGAUUGCUUUCUCAGACCUUUCCGGAAAGUGUCUUGCUAUUGACCCAAGAGACACUCUGCCUUGUGCUCGUAACUUGGAUUCUGGCAGUAGAUGUUGGCUGGAUUUUUAGACUCUUCUGGUCUGUUUGCAUGUCCCAUAACUGCUCUACCAGAUGUGGGUGUCCUAUUAUGGAUGUAGGCCUCAAGGAAGAACCAGAAUAUGCAAACCCCACUUAAGUUUCCUUGUUGAAAAGAGCUUCUUUUAGGACCUGAUUUUUUUUUUUUUUAACUUUGUGGCUGCACCGGCAGCAUAUGAAAGUUCCUGCAGCUGCAUCCUACAUUACAACUACAGCAGAACCAGAUCCUUUAACCCACCGUGCCCAACUGGGGAUCAAACCCCCUGCCUCCUGAGCAGCCUGAGCCGCUGCAGUUGGAUUCCUAACCCACUGCUCCAUAGCAGGUAUCCCAGGAUCUGAAUUUUAAAAGCCACUUACCAGGCUCCCCGUGACAGGAAGAACAUCCCCAUGAAAAGAAUAGUAAAAGUUUUUCUGCAACAGAAUAUGACUCCAUAUGUGAGAUAUUUUUUAAAUACAUUUACAGACAAAUUUAAAUUUUAGCUACUAGAAAGCUUAAGAUCAGGGAGUCCCCGUCAUGGCUCAGUGGAAACGAAUCCAACUAGUAUCCAUGAGGAUGCAGGUUCAAUCCCUGGCCUCAUUCAGUGGGUUGGGGAUCUGGCGUUGCAGUGAGCUGUGAUGCAGGUCACAGACAUGGCUCAGAUCCUGUAUUGCUGUGGCUGUGGUGUAGGCCGGCAGCUGUAGCUCCGAUUCAGCCCUUAGCCUGGGAACUUCCAUAUGCUCUGGGUGCAGCCCUAAAAAGCGAGGGAAAAAAAAAAAAAAAAAGAAAAAAAAAAAGCUUAAGAUCACCAGAAAGCUAACCUUAAUGCCAUUUCUAAUCAAAAUAAACAACUAGAAAAUCUUCCGGUCAUCCAAUAAAAGCCAUGACAAUUGUAUUCAUGUAAAACGAUCCAUAAAUAAUUGUCUGCUACACUCUUCUCUAUCCCCACUCCCUCCAGGGAGGCAAACUUUAACAUUUUUUUCCUUUCCCAUGACAUUAUAUUAGGUAUAAACAUGCUAAUUUUGCAAGAAAUUGAUCAUGUCACCCGAGACUUAGUCAAAGGGGGAUAAACAAUACACGAGUUAUUUUUUACUCAUCCUCAAAAAUCUGUACCUUUGAGCAUGCCAAAAACUAUUUAAAAUUGUCACAGUUAAACAAAUGAUUGUCAUGUUUAUACUCAGAUGUUUACUGCUUCUAUUUGGAGUUUGAAGAACGUACCCAGAGUAACAGUGAUCUGAAUGUUUUCUCUAAUGUGUUAUAAAAAGCAGUUGCUUUGGAAUUGUCUAAACAUCCCCCAAAGAUCAACUUGACAUUGGGGGGGUAGGUGAAAUUGAGUUUCAUCUUCAUUUCAAAUGGCACGCAUGAAAAGAGACCUUGCAUCUCUUUAUUCACGAAUUUCCCUAAGACCUUUUUGCAAGGGUUUCAGAAAAGCAUUUUACUUGUCAAGUUUUCUGCCUUGUACUUCCCACGUGCCUCGUCAAAAAUUGCUGCUACCUGUGGAUCUUGGUGUCUGCUUAUGCUCUGCAAAGGAUUAAGGCUUCUAAGUCUCCACCACCUACUUGGAUUGGUCCCUCCACAGUAGACAGUGACACUUAGGCAAAUUAAAUAUUUUCUUAAGCCUUUUUUUGUGUGUUAGGUGCUGCUGUGUGCCAGGCAUUGACAGAGCAUGUGGUACCCAUUGUCUCUAAACGUCAUAGCAAGUCCACUAUUCUUACUUGAAAGAGAAAACAAGUUUGAUAGUUAAGAGGGACUAUGGACUCACCCAAGGCCAAGGAAGAAUCGUGAUUCAGUCCUGGGUCUUUCAAACCCAUAAGUCCCCAUGUUUUCCGCCAGCACCUCAGCCUCCUAAGGCAUGAAAGUCAAGGCCCUCCAGUUGGGAUUGGAUAUGCUGAAGAUACUAAACCAUAUCCCAACCUUUUAAUGUUUGCUUUCUUUGGGAUUUGUUUUCCGAUUUACCCCAGGAAAUGUGCUGCCAAACCCAAGAGCAGGUCAUGAUUGGGUUUGCUGCCUACGAUGCUAACGCUCAGACUGCACCACUUUUGUAGGGGAUAAUGGCCUGGAAUGUUAUACCGGCCUAGCAAGAAGGACCAAUUCUACCAUGCUGGGAGAGGAUGGACAGCUAAGAGAAUGCAGAAGAGGCCACACUGACCUAGAACAAAAUGCUUGGUGCAGUGUGUUGAAGUUAUUGACUGCCAACCACAGUUCAUCAGCACAUUCUUGGGAAGUGUAUCCCUUUUUUAAACAAAUAAAAACAAAUAUGAUAUCACUCUCAUUCCCCUGUACUCCAAAAAAAUUGGGGUGAGGGGGCAUUGGAGAGAAAGAAGGAAUUAUAGAUAUUUCACCAGGAAUUACAUGGAGCCCGGAGAGUGUGUCACACGUAACGAAUGUCAUGUCUGUCACCAUGAGGAAAUGGUUCAGGAGGCGGGUCUUCAGGUAGCCAGAGACCUUGGCAAUCGAAAUGAAGAAUUAGUUGGUACCUGUGGCUCCUUCUUAGAUGGUGACCUCUUGUUCCUGGAUUUUGCAAAGGAAAGCUUGAUGUCCAGCGUGUGUCAGCCUCCUUCACCCCUCAGAGUGAGCCAUCACACAAACCUUCUGGCCCCGUAGGCUUCAUGGUUAUGUCCUGAGAGGGAAAACAUGUUAGGAACUGUUUGCUUGGGUACGUUUAAUUCUUCGCUCUUUAAUCACUGCUGCUUAAUCACAGCUUGACAGACCUUCUCACUUGCUUCCGGGGCUGUUGCUGCUCAGACGCUCUUGCCAAAAAAACAUGUUGCCUCUGUGUAUGAGUAUGUGUUGACUUAAUUAAGCAAAGAGCUCUCUGCUCGUCAGCAAAGAGAAAAGGGAGGCCACGCCCGUGGAAAAUAAACUCCCGCAAGCAAAACCAGGGUGACUAAAGGAAAGGCAGAGAUGGCCAAUGUGGAGGCAGCAGAGGUAUGCUCACUUGUUACUCUGAUUUCUUUUUUACGCUACUAGGACUUUUAACCAUGAAACUACCUGCACACAGCUCCCGUCAAGCUGGGUUGGAACCCCUGGCACCUGCUCCAUGUCGACAAACUGCGCUGUGGAGCAGGGCUGAGCCCACGCUGCUGUGGGGUCUGCCAUCUUCAAAAAGCAAUGGCUGCAGUGGCCUCUGGCCCUCCAAAGUCCCUGCAAGAUGAGUGAGUGGCGGUGACGGUGGUGGGGCUGGGCUGGCCAAAGCAAGUUAGGAUUGGAGCAGAGGACACGGAUCUCUUGCCGAUACUCCCAUCAGUAUUACCUCUUUCACGCUUCCCCAGACCCAGGUGUCAUGGGGGCUGUGGAUGGACCUUGCCUGCUCUCUGAGAAAAAGAUUGUUUCUUUGCUACUGCAACAUGGACAAAUGAAGGAAAGACCAUGGCAGUUGAGAGGAGAAUGUUGAGGAGGAAGAAGACUUACCAUGGCCAUUGCUCACUCAAAGCAGGAUGGAUGGUUUGGUAAUGCGGUGUUGCAGCUGAUAAACAAGGAACCGCCCUAAAGCUGAUGCUUUUUUCUUUCCAAAGAUGGAAUGAUUGUCUUUCUUUUACUUGUGGCUCAGGAGUUACUACGUUACCUUUUCCUCCAUAUUAUAGUUAAUGUAGCAUGUUCUAAGCUAGAAAUAAUUAUUGCUAAACUAUGAGAAAUACAGAUUUAAUUAGGCAAAGAAAAAUCUAAGAGCAAUUUGUACUGUAUUUGGAGAAAGAAAAAAAAAAAUGAAGGCACUGACCUAGCAAAAAGCCUAAGUACAGAAGUGCAUUCAGAUGUGAUUGAAAAGAAGCUAAGACAGAAAAUCCCAAUCCAAGUUUAACGUUUUCUGCUACUUAUAUAAUACUUCAUACUGGUCGAAGUACUUUUGCCUAAUCUUGAGUCAUUCCUGUGAGGUAGAAAGAGAAGGAAGGAAUUAUUUUCUUUACUUAGCAUAUGAAGAAGCAAGGGGAGGGAUGAUGCGCGGUUGAAGGAUUUCUCUGAAUAUCCUCAAAUCCAGCCUCUGACUUCUUUUUCCAUGAUGCCUUCCAUAUCCCCAAGGUCCACUGCAUUUCUUGAGACCCUGACAUUCACAUUUCACUCACUCACCUCUGAGCCAUAUUUUCAGCUCUAUUUGCAUCUUCUCUCCCGCUGUCUCUCUGCCAGCAGCUGGGCGGAGCAAGAUUGUUCUAGGGGCCGAGCGCAUAUUUGUCUAGGCUUCUAUUGGCCAUAAGACAAGCAGAUGUAAUUCUUUUGUUCUCCCAAGAUGGGCAGGAGUAGAGCUAAGGACAUAAGCAGGGCAGGGGGUUCUUGGCUUUCUCAACGGGGUGACCUAUAAGACAAAGCCGGCAUGAUUGAUACGUUUAGGAACGCAAAGAUCCCAGAGGGAGUUUUGAGAACACUCAUUUUCCUGUGAGCCUGAGAGUUGUGCACACCCCGACCAUCACCGUCAGCAAGCUGCUCGCUUCUCCUGCGCCAGGCACAGCACUUGGCACAAAAAACUGCAGAAAGGCACAGACAGUCCCCAGCUUAUGACCUGGGUGUGUUCCAAGCUCAUCGGUUGCAUUUUUCCAAGAGGCAUUGUUAUAAAUGGGCGCAGUGAAGGAUGUUCUCAGAUGAACCAAAAAAUAAAAAUCUAUUUCAUGAACCCCGGGGGUUAGCAGGCUUUUUCUGUAAAGGGCUAGAUAGUCAAUAUUUUAGGUCUGGUGAGCCACACAGGCUCUGUCACACAUUCUUCUUUGAUUUAUUUUUUGGACAACCCUCCAAAAAUGUAGAAACCAUUCUUAGUUCACGGGCUAUUCCAAAAAACAGGCCUUGGCCGGAUUUAGCCCACGGGCCAUAAUUGGCCACCCCGAUCUCUGCCAUCACUAGUUUACAGUGAUCCAGUGAUACAGAUAAAACUAAGCUGUGGAUUUGGGAUUCAACAUGCAAGGGUUUUUUUGUUUGUUUGUUUGUUUGUUUGUUUCAAUAUGCCACUGAUACACCUACACUUGACUUCCUCAGUGUUUCCAAACUGUAUGAGUUGUUAGAUAAAGUGACGAGUUCACAUUCGGGGAUGGCACCUGCUCCAUAUGACCCACCCACCCAAAAGCUAUCCUUAGUAUGUCAUUGGAUUUCCUAUGCCCCCUCCCACUGUUGUGGGAGAAUAGGCAGGUCAGCAGAAGCCCAGGGGUGUCCACGAGGGCCUUUCAGUCCUUCCCCUCACUAAAAACAUGCCCCAACAUGACUUGCGGACUCUCAGAGUAGCAACAGCCAUUUGAGCAAGGCUAGUGUGAAAUCCCUCCCAGAGCCCUGGAACCUGCUGACAGGAGGUCCCCAGAGGCUUUGGGGGCCACACUUGGCUCCUUGGGAAGACCUCCUGACCACAGUGCAGGCACCAAUGUGCUUUUGAGGGUCUGCCCUGGAGCUCACCUGGACCUGUGGUCCAGAGAAGGUGCUGGCUGGGAAAAAAGCUGCCAAAAGACCAAUGCUAGUUCCUAGCAGGAGCUCUCCUCCUCCUCACUUUCCUCCUCUUCCUUUUUGAAAAUGACCUAACUAGACUCAAAAUGACAUCACUAUGGGAAACAUAUUUAGCCCUCCCUUGAGAUGACGAAGCCAUAUUUGUCUGAGCUUUGUGGGAGGGGCUUCCUUCCAUGUCCUCAGAGCCUGGGCGGUCCUCUCUGAGGACCAAGGCCCCUCCUAAGCAGGUAAAGAAAAAAGGGACAGAGAGGAACAAGGGACAAUUAUUUCAAGCCCUAGUCAUGCCAGGGGCUGGGAGACCAGGUCUAUGUCUUCUUGGGAAGACCAGACAUUCCCCUAGGAAAGCUCAGGCGAUAGAUGAUGACACUAAGCUUCUGAAAAGCUACAGUAAGAUUCUAAUCAGAGUACAGAGCACAGCAGUGGGGAACCCCGGCUGUGAUGUCUCCAGUCCUGCAGGUGUGGGAUCCCCCCAAGAGCCAUCAAUGAAUGGGAUAGGCUCUAACCCCCGCAAGAAGGUGAGGCUGCAAGAUGGGACCAAGACUCAAAGGCAGAACCUGGUCCUGGGAGUUGGGUCGCUGAGGAGCACGUGGGAACCUGUGAUCACCACAGGGCCCUAACCCCAGCAAUGGGUUAGUUAAUUCUAUGUCACUGAUGUCUGCUCUACAGAUGCCUCUGUUAGCUUGGAAAACAGGUGCCAAUCAGCCUUCAGGUAGCUGUUCCUCUGCUUAGUCUCACAGCCUAAGAGCAGAGAAAAGGAAGAUGCACUACCUUGACUGGAUAUGAGGAUAUAGAUAGCCGUUCCCCACUCGAAGCCCUCUGAAUUCAGACCUUCUGAAGGCCACCUCCCAUUACCACUGCCCAAGCCCAGUGAUGACAGUGGUACAACCUCAGCCUUUGCCACCCCUGCCUCUUGGGUCCGCUGCCCUUGCUGUGUGUGGCCUUAGAGCACCUUGGCUUGGUCCCUGUACUUCUCUUGAGAAAACCUGAUCCUAUUUCUGUUUUAUCAGCCCACCCAAGCGCCUUAUUGCGGACAAAAGUCUUGCUGCCAGGGCGCUUCCCUGACAGUCAUCAAGGUCUGGUUUCCCUUCUGCCUGAUUUUUGCCUUUAUCCUCCUUUGGAUGGUGUAACCACGUAGCAUCUGCCGUCAUGCUUUCCGGGCAAAGAACAAUGCUACUUAGGUUCCCGUCCCCCUGCCCCCUCCCCAGAGACCCUCACAUCAGAAAUGUUUCUGGUUCCACGAUAUCCAUCACAAGGGGAUACCAUUUUGUCCAGAGUUAUGCAGUUGGCCAGAAAUUAACAGGAGAGAAAAAUCACCUGAAAAGGCAGGUCCUACAAAAGAUUUAAGUGUAUUUAAGUGAAAGCCAUCCAAAAACAGGUUUGAAUGAAUGUAAGCAAUGGCUUAUUGAUUUAACCCCUAAAAAGAAAAAAACUGUCUUUCUCCCCCCACUCUGGUUUCCAUGCCUUUAGCUAAACGCAGUCUUAUCUUCAUAAUGAAAAGACUUCAGCUCCGCUGCUUGGCUAAUUGAAGUCUCGCAGUUGGAAGGCCCUUGGCACAUUAAUCAAACGCUCAGUGUCAGUAUGAAUGUAUCUUAGUCCCCAGCACCCUCCACACCAGACCCCGUGUCAUAGCAGAGGUAACUGUGGAGGUCAAGUGCAGAGAUGGAGAGAGAGAGCAUUGAUGAACAGGAUUUAGUCAAAAAUAAGGAGGCUCAAAUUCAACCUGACAAGUCAGAAGGCUAUUAAAAAGCAAGCCGAUGAUGGACCAUGGCACAACAGGAUCCAUGGCCUCUUGGGAGCAAUGGGAUGCAGGUUCGACCCCCAGCCCAGCAUAGUGGGUUAAGGAUCCCUCAUUGCUGCAUAGGUUGCAACUGUGGCUCGGAUCUGAUCCCUGGCCCAGAAACUCCAUAAGUCGAGGGGCAGCCAAAAAAAAGUAAGCUGAAAAGUACGUUUUAAGAGCUGUAAAUAGCAACCUAUUGCUAGUUUCUACGUGCUUUCUUAAUAGUGUUAAACAUUUAUUAGAGUCAUUGAAUGACAAGGGGGUCCCCUUAUUGCUUUUGUUUCCAAGUCCAGCAGCUCUCCCAACCCUCUGCCUUCCUAUUCCAAAUAUCACACACAACGCUGGUGCCUAAACUUCAGCACACGAGAGUUGAUGUUUUGCAACAGAAAUUUUGCUUCAGCUUUGAAAGCCUGAAACAAAACACAUGCUUUCUUCAUCAGAUGGGCGGGAGGAAAAGAGCUAUUUUUGUCUCUGGGGUAUAACGAGCCAUAAGCAAUCCAUUUUCCAGUAUUACCACAACUACUUGCUGACAACGAAACGAGUUCACUCCACGCCAUGCACUGGACAUGGAGUAUGUAUAGAUAAAGCUUAAAAAUUACAUUUUAGGGAGUUCCCAUUGUGACUCAGAAAGUUAAGACCCAACAGUGUGGAUUUGAUCCCUGGCCUCACUCAGUGGGUUAAGGAUCCCGAGUUGCUCUGGCUGUGGUGGAGCCAGCAGCUACAGCUCCGAUUCGACCCCUAGCCUGGGAACUUCCAUAUGCCGCAAGUGCAGCCGUAAAAAAGCAAAUAGAAUAAAAUUGGAGUUCCUUGGUGGCUCAGUGGGUGAGGAUCUUGUGUUGUCACUGCUGCGACAUGGGUCACUGCUAUGGUGAGGGUUCAGAUCCCUAUCCCGGGAACUUCCACAUGCCACAGGCUCAGCCAAAAAAAAAUUAUCUUAGGAAAUAGAACUGGACAUUGAUUGGCCUAGGGAACUGUCAGCAGUAAGUGUUUACAAGACAAAAUAGCAAAAUCCAGUCAUGACCCAAGGGCAGUUUAGAUCUCAGCCAGAAUUAAAGCCCACAUCCCGAGAAUACCAACUCGUAGUCUUAACUGAUUUCAAGUUCUGCCUGUAAGAGCCUUGGCAUUUCCGUGGACUCCAUUUAAAUGAUCUCCAGGACCCCUCCGGGCAAGUGGCUUGACAGGAAAGUCCACUGCAAGCUCAGCUCACCAAGACCCAAUCUGCCCAGGGCAGUCAGCCGGACUCAGAAGGCUGUGUUUGGCAGGGGACCUGCCACCAUCUCCCUGCCAAACAGUCUCUCGUGACUCAGAAUCUCAAAUUUGUUUUAAACGGAGGGGAAAAGUCACUUUCAGGGAUGAGGUUCUUGGCUCAACUCUGUUUGUACAAACACAGUCUGUGUCUAUUUCCGUCUUCUGGGUUUUUCAAGCAGCUGCUGAGUUGUGACAAGGGUGGCCAGAUGGGUGCUGGCCCAAAUUAAAAAGAAGAGUUUUCCGUUCUUUCCAUGCUGGGAGAAGGGAAACUGAGAGCAUCACAUUAUAGGGACCAGAAUGUGACAGGACUGUGGCCAACAGGGAAACAAGUGUGGGCUUCGAGCCACAAAGAACCAGCUUACCGUAGCCUACACUUGGGAAAAUGAAUACAUUGGUUUGGAGGAAGAAUUCUUAUUCUACAGAAAGAUAAAAUUUUGAUCAUGUUGAUGCAGUAUGUCUAGGUUGGAAGAGUGUUCAUUCAUAUGAUUCAUUAAAGAUGGAUCUGCUUUGUUUUUUGGGGGGUUUGUUUGUUUGUUUGUUUUUGAGGUAUGUGCACCCAUUACCUGAAGCCAGCUUUGGGUCCACGAGUGCUGUCCCUACCACCCAUUGAAGGGGGAGGGUCCCCAGCCCAGCCCCCCUUUCUUGCUACCCACUCUCUUUUGAACCUAACUUGGGAGCCUGUUAAUUCUUCCCUGUCAGGUGAAUUUCCUUCUUCAUCAGUCAGGUUACUGACCGAGGCACAAAUCAAACAGGUUACCCUUGACCAUGCUGGGACAACAGGGAUUUAAGAAACUGUUUUGAAUGAAAGAGAGAGAAACAAGUUUGAGGGACACUAGCUUGGUGUUUUAAGAGUCAGCUUGGUACAACUCCCCCUGUUGUGUUCUUAAAAGUUAAAUACUUUUAAGACGUUCCCUUUGUGAAUUCUAGCCCAUCCACAGAAGUAGAAGAAGGCAGGCUGCAAAACAAAAUCACCUUCCUCCAAAGGAGGCUGCCAUUCGCACGGGGCUCUCUCCCUCGUGUAUCGGUUCUGUAAUGUGCAGUGAGGGCUCCAGGCAUAAGACGGGAGGGUGCAGAGAAACAAUGGUGGACGCGUGGUCCUGGCCCCCAGGCACCUGUGGUCUAUGGAGAGUCCAGGCAAGUCAGUUACAGCAGAGCGUGGUAAGCCUGCUGGAACAUGGAAAUUCACUUGGUACCCUGGGGGUUUAGUGGAAGACACCCGGUCCAGCCUCAGAAUUAGACUUCUCAAAAAUGGUGACCUUGGAGUUCCUGCUGUGGCUCAAUGGGUUAAGAACAGAACUAGUAUCCAUGAGGAUGCAGGUUCCAUCCCUGGCCUUGCUCAGUGGAUUAAGGAUCUGGCAUUGCCGCAAGCUGAGGGGUAGGUCGUAGAUGUGGCUCAGACCUCUCGAUGCCAUGGCUGUAACUAUGGUAUAGGCUGGCAGCUGCAGCUCCAAAUCGACCCCUAACCUGGGAACUUCCAUAUGCCACAGCCAUUAAAAAAAAAAAAAAAAUGGUGACCUCUACAUGGGAUCCUGGAGGAUAUACUGGAGUUGGGAAGAUAAGUUGUUCUAAGCAAGGAAAAGAUGUCCCCAUGCAAAGGUCCAGGGCUGUGAACCUCAGGCAUGUGCUGGCUGUCUCCUUCUUCAGUGGCCAGGGCACGUGGAAGCCUGGCUUAUCAGGGUAGUCACUUGGCUGUGCAAACCCUCCCGUCCCUCACACCCUCUGCAGGCACACCACGCUGGCUUCUCACCCUUUUCGUAAGCCAAAAAAGACCUAAGAAAAAGCCAGGAAAUGAUGAGUCCUGGGACUUUCUUAUCAGAGCUCCCGUGUCUGGCUUGGCCGAAAGGCCUUGGUGUCUCCAUUUUCUGAUUCUCUUUGGUCUCAAGGCUUAGCAGAGCUUUUCAGUGGAAUGCUAAACAGCAACAACAACAACAACAAAGAAGUCUAUUUCUCGUCAUGCUAAUAAACAUUGCCUCAAACACAAAGUAGCCAAUCCAUUAGAAUAACUAAAUGCUGUGGGUGUCUCAACAAGCAGAUCUUGCAUGAUUCAGUGUUUUUAAAAGUUGAGGAGUUGUUUUCAAUAAAAAAUGUUGUGCGGGAAUUCCUGUCGUGGCUCAGCAGUUAACAAACCCAACUAAGAUCCAUGAGGAUGCAAACCCACCUCGCUCAGUGGGUUAAGGAUCCGGCAUUGCCGUGGUGUAGGUCGCAGACACCGCUCGGAUGUUGCGUUUCCAAGGCUGAGGAAUAGGCCGGCAGCUGUAGUUCUGAUUCUACCCCUAGCCUGGGAAUCUCCAUAUGCCAAGGGUGCAGCCCUAAAAAGCAAAAAGAAAAGAAAAUAUUGUGCAAUAAAUUUGAAAAGAAAGAGUUUUCCCUAUCAAAAUAGGCAGAAAAUAAUUGGAUCACUACAGAACCCACAGAGGGUCAGUAUCUUAUGCUGUAUCAGGGCACCUUAUUAUUGAGGAGUGCCUGGGGUUUUAUUAUACACCAGAUGCAUCAGAGGUGGUGGGGUGGGGUGGGGGGUACUGAAACAAAAGUAGAAGCUGUGGAACUGCACUUUUACAGUCAACUAGCAGUGAAGAGGGGCUUUCUGGGACUAAGGAAAACAGAUGCAGGCGUUCAUUCUGUCGAUGAAAUUAAAACUGUAUUUUCGUAAAUAAAGCUGAUGCCAUUUAAACAUGAACUCUAUCAUGCUCCUGGCUUACUGCCGCUUUGCUGCUUGUCUCUGGUUUGAUCUGUUCAAAAAUCCAAACGUGGCACAUCCACAUUGCCAGGGAGGCAAAUGUGAGCUGAUGGGCUGAUCUUGGCUGCUAUGGUUUCCCCAUAACCAUUACUAUUGUGUUGGCAAAUAAGAUCCCUGUAAGGUACAGUUUCCACGAGGGACACCCCCAUCUUCUCCAUGUUUGGUAUGUGGUUUACUGAGGGGAUCUUAUCAACCUUUCCUUCCAUGUAACAAGGUUCAUCUGAAUCAUGCUGAGAGUUUGGUCUGUGCUCCAGAAUUCUCUCUGUUGUCCUGUGUGUGAAUUGUUAUACUUGAAUUAGCUGCAGCAUUUUGUAUGGAUGCAUAUAUAUGACACCCAGGCUGACGACAAUGGCUUUUGAAGCAUUUAAUUCCUCUUAAAUGGACUCAGUAUCCAUGGAAUGUGCUGUUUCAGUGUUUCUGAAUUUUCUACGUGCCAUUUUUACAGGUCCAUUUGUUUCUGAUGUGAUGUGGUGAACGAUCCUGUUGGUUAUUUUUUUUAAGAAAACAAAUGUAUAUAUGACUAAGCAAACGAAUAAAUUAUUGAAAAAAUAUACUUUAUGAACCAUGCAGCCCACUGUUCAAAAGGAAUUUAUUUUAUUUGUUUAAUAAAGUGACUGUUCAAAUUAUAAGCAUUGAUAUUGUCCUCCUAAAUAUGGAUGCCAUAUUAUUUAAGUGUUGUUCAAUAUUAAUGCAUGGUCUCUAAUAAAAUAGUGUAAGCCUCUUUCUUUAAGA